UGUGAAGAAAAUCAGUGCCACGUCUGAAGAAGGGCGGGGCGAGCGAGGACGCGACGCGACGCGACGCCCUUCAUCAUCCUUCAUCAUCCUUCAGCGCGUCGGAGAUCAACUUCGCUGACUCUUCCGGGACUCUGAAGAAGUUGUCGAGCGCGCAACGCGUCGCUCCGGGUCCUCCGAGGAGUCAAGGAACGCGAGAACGCGCGGAACGAUGGCCGCGAAGAACCGAAACAAGAGCGGCUCGCAGCCGAGCAGCGGCGACAGAGCACCGGCGAGCGCGCAGCCCGACGACGCGCCGAAGAACCGGAGCCCGAGAGCGGUGCGCGCGGACGGCGGCGCGUCGGGCUCGCUCGUGAAGCUCGUGUCCGCGCUGUCCUACCUGGGCUUCGUGGCCGGGACCGUGAUCGCGUCCGUGAGCUUCUACCAGGAGCUGUCAAACAUCAAACAGACGAGCUCCCGGCACGAGGAGUCCGUCCAGAAGUGCGCGGACGCGGCCGACGCGCUGCAACAGAUCCGGUCCAUGCAGGCGUCUCUGGAGGCUCUGGAGAGCGCGGUACUCGGCGUCAGGACUGAUCUGGAGCGCACUGGCCGAGCCGUGCAGACGGGAGAAGACAACACCCGGCGGCUGGAGGACACGCUCCAGAAGCUCCAGAGCGAUGUCUCCCAGGAGCUGAGGCAGGCUGUCCAGGAGGUGAAGGGGACGCGGGAGCAGGAUGCCUCGUCCCUGGAGGAGCGCCUGUCCCAGCUGAGCCGCUCCACGGCUGAGGCCUCGGUGCAGCAGAGCCGCUUCCAGAGCGAACUACAGGAGCUCAGGGCCCGUGUGGAGAAGCAGGACGCCCCGGCAGACCUCCGGCAAGAGCUGACGGCCCUCGGCGGCACCGUGGAGCGUCUGAGCACCGCCAGCGAGGUGUCCGAGGGGAACACGGCCGUGCUGCGUGAGCACAUCGCAGCAGUCAGCGCCGAGCUGCAGACCAGGAACAAGGAGGUGGCGUCUGUGUCCGAGGACGUGGAGGCUGUGAGGACGCUGCUGCAGAGCGCCGUCGGGAGCCUCCGGGACGAGGUGUCCACGGCCAGAGCCAGUGCUCAGAGCGCCUCCGACCACAUCCAGAGCCUCGCCGACCGGCUGGAGAUGAGCACCACCGCCCUGCAGAGCCUAGAGACCCAGACCCGAGAACAGCUGAGCCAGCUGGACAAACACAGAGAGGACGCCGAGGUCCGGCUGAAGAGUGUGGAGGAGAGCCAGGAGGCCGCUGUGUCCUCGCUCACGGAGCAGACCAACAGACUGAACGCUCUCGAGGCCGAGCAGCAAUCUCUCCGGCGCUCACUGGACGACCACAAGACCAGUGCAGAGAAACAGAGCCGGGCGCUGAGAGACGGUCUGGAGGAGCUGCAGGCCAGAGCUUCUGAGGCCCAGGAGCUAGAGAGAGAACCUGAACGUUUAGAUUAGCGGGGUUCAGGAGGGUGGAGGGCUGUGGGUGGUGGAAAGGUCAAAGCUCUUGAUCAGAGCACUGAACUGCUGUUUCUUCGGGCGACACGUACCUGCACUGUAGUUUGUAGAUGUUGUCCAGGGUUUUUGGUCAUUUCAGACACACUUCUGAACUCAUCACGAUUGUAGUUGUUUUCCAAUAAAAUGUUUAAAACUCUUCCAAA